UUUCAUAUAAAGUCAUGUUAGCUUAACAAAUUAUCACUCUUUCUCUUAUUAAUUAUUACUCUCAUUUAUGGUUACUGAAUAUAUUUCCUCUUACUGUUUGACAUCGAGUAUUAUUGUUCAAAAAUUCCUACUUCUACACCCUACUAUCACUGUUAAGGUGUACUGAAUAGUACUUUCCUUAGGUUUUCCUAUAUUCUGUCGUUUUUCAAACAUCGAUGUGUUAUGUAGCGCUGAUCGUUAUAAGUAUUUGUUACAAGUAAAAAUCUGUUUAAUGCAAUUCGAUUAAUAUAUUAAAUUGGUACGUUUUGCAUUUACUUAACAGGAUAACGUUCUAUAUAAAUAUAUUACAAAUCACUUAAAUUUGAUACAAUGAAUAUUUUUUUUAUAAAAAUUUAAAUUUCAAUAAUGAAAAUGUCUUCAAAUGCUUGUUAUGAUAAUGAUACACCCCUGGAAAAUUGGCGUACAGUUAUGCUUGAUAGAAUUAUACAACAUAAAGAAAGUUUUUUUGAAAAUCUUAGAAGUAAAUUGAUAAAUGAUAUUGAAGAGUACUUAAAAGAUUUAAGUUCAGAUACAAAUUUUGAAAUAGUCAAACGAGAUAUAGAAAACAAGAUUAAUGGGUUUGACUAUGAAGUAGAAUCUAAAUUUUUGAUUGAUGGAAUAUUUAACGCUACUUUUGAAUAUUUUUGUCAAGUUAUAAUUCAAAAUUCUACUGAAUGUAUUAAUAAAGCUCGAAAAGUUUUUGAUGAUCCUAGCACUUUAAUACCUACCUCUACAAAGUCAUUAAAUUCUAGUACAACAACCCUUAAUGGUAAAGAUGGUAAUAAUUUUGAAUUACAAGAACCUUCAAUUACUACUCAUACACACACAUCAAUUACUGAUGUUGGUAGAAGAAGUAACUUGAAUCAAUUAAUUAGUCAGUCAGUUCUUUCAAAUAUGAGUGCACAUGGUGGUAUUAAUUUGGCAGGUGUGAGUGCUACAAUAGCUCGAGAUGAGUUAUUAAAUAAUGGACUUAAGCCAUUAGUUUCAUGCAGGCAUUUCAAUUUUGAAAAAAAAAUCCAAAAUAUCCCGAAUUUAGUUAGUCAAAUGGAUAAUAAUACUCAGAGAAGUAUAUCUACCCCUACACAAGAAUAUACAAAUUUAUCACUACAUUCUAAUGAUACUACUUUGAAAAAAAACUCGGAUAACAAUUAUUCUAACCUUAAUAAAGAAAUUAUACCAUCUGUGUCUAAAAACGUAACAAAUCUUGUUAUACUUCAAUCUACUCUUAAUAUUUUAAAUGAUACUAUAGAAUCAAAAGAUACUGAAAUUUUUAAUGUAGCACCCAAAGAUGUUCAACAUCAUAAUAUCUAUUAUAACUUAGAUUUAUCAGAUGGGUGUUUAACUAAAAAAGAUAGUAGUAAUGAUUCCUCAUUACAAAAUAAUUCAGACUCUUUAUUAGAUUUUGAAAUAUCUGCCCCUGAAAUAUCUUUAAGCAUUGAUCGAAUUGAUUCAAAUGUUAAUUAUGCAAAUAAUAAAAGUAUUUUAAACGAAAAACUUAUUGAAAAAAAUCUAAUUAAUUUUAGUAGUGAAAAAGUACAAAAAAUAAAUAUUAAUUCAGAUGUAAAAAUUGAAGUACAUAACCAAUUAAAUAGUAAUACUACAUUGAAAAAACCAAAAAAAAUAGUUAAAAGUAGUAGGGAUUCCUCAAAAAAGUCUUCUAAAGCUAAAUAUCAAAAAAUAAAAAAGUCUAAAUCUAAGAAUAAUGAAGGCCACAAAAAAAAAAUAAAGAAAAAACAUAAGGAUAAAAAAUCUUACUUUAUUGAUAACUCAAAUAAAGGUAUGGUUGAUAUUUGUGGUGUGAUUACAGAAAGUAAUACUGGUAUAAGUGAUUCAAAAUUAUUAGAUGAAAAAUUGUUGCCUGAAAGAAAGGAAAAUAUUGAAGUAACAAAUAAAACUAAAAAAAUGAUCAAUAGUAAUUCAAAAAAUAUAAAUUCAGCUGAAAAUAUUGAUGUUAGCAUAAGUGAAAAUAUAACAAAAAAUGAUAAUGAUUCUAAUGAAAAGAUAACACCAAUUUUUAUUAAUAAUAUACUCGAAGAAUCAAACUCAUUAGAUUUGAAUAUUACAUCUUUCACUGAAAAAACAAAUUAUUCUCAUAAAAAUAACCCAGUUAUGUCUAUUGAUACUAAAAAACAAUAUGAAAAAGCUAAAAAAAAAUUAUUCCUUCCGGAUAUAGUAUUUACUGCAAAACCACCUGGAGAACAAAAAAAAUGUACAAAUGAAACCAACUUAAAUAUAUUAGAUGACAGCUUUGAAAAAUUGCAUGUAGACAAAUUAUUGAUAAAUAAAAAACAUAAAUCAUCCUCUUGUAUUAAUCAAAAUCACAUUAGAAAAAGAAAAACUAAUUCUAAUGUUUUCAAAGUAAGAAUAACUAGUAAAACAAAUCCUUUAAAAUGUAAUAUAGACACAGUCUCGCAAAGUACUGACAGUGCUAGUCUAUUUAAAAAUCAAAGUAUCAAACCUAAUAUAAUUGUAAAAAAAGAAACGACUACUGACCAAAUUAUUUUACCUUUUAAAUAUGAUGAUGAAUUAAAUGUAUUGCCUGAUUGGAUUAAAAAGCUAUGUAUCGUUCAUCAAAUAAAACCCUGUUAUGUUUUGCUUUCUCCAUUAUAAAUUGGUAUACACCAGAAUUAAUGGGUAUCUUUAUUGUAAUAUGUUUAACAUGUACAAAUAAUGAUUAAAACUUAUAUAUAUAGUCUGGUUUUUUUAUUGUAAUUUUGUAUAUAUUUUUCGUCCAUUAACAAAUUUUAAUACCAUUUUUAAUUAUUCAAUUUUGUAUUACCAAUCUUUAUUUUUUAAUAAUGAGUAAUGUAA